AUGGUCAUGGAUGAUGAAUAUAACACUCUAAUUAAAAAUAAGACGUGGGAUUUAGUGCCACAACCCACCAGUGUUAAUGUUAUUCGAUCUAUGUGGAUUUUUAGACAUAAAGAAAAAUCUGACUGUUCUUUUGAGAGGCAUAAAGCCCGACUUGUAGGUGAUGGUGCAGAUUAUGUUUCUUCUAUUGGCUUCUCUCAAAGCAAGUGUGAUCACUCUCUUUUCAUCUACAAGAAAGACACUUAUAUGGCUUACAUCUUACUGUAUGUUGAUGACAUUAUUCUUACUACUUCUUCUGAUGCUCUACGAAAAUCUAUCAUUUUACUUCUUAGUUCAGAGUUUGCUAUGAAAGAUUUGGGACCCUUGAGCUAUUUUUUGGGUAUUGCAGUCACCCGCCAUCAAAGAGGUAUUUUUCUCUCCCAGAAAAAGUAUGCCGAAGACAUCCUAGUACGCGCCGACGUGUCAACCUGCAAGUCUUGUCCAACCCGAGUUGACACAAAGCCAAAGAUGAGUGCCACACAUAGCAUUCCAUAUGAGGAUCCGUCACUUUAUCACACUCUUGCAGGUGCUCUUCAGUAUCUCACCUUCACUCGGCCCGAUAUCUCCUAUGUUGUUCAACAGAUAUGUCUCUUUAUGCAUAAUCCAAUGGAUGCUCACAUGCAUGCCCUACGACGCAUCUUACGUUACAUUCAUGGCACACAAAACUACGGUUUGAAUCUCUAUCCUUCAUGUACUACCUUCGUAAAAUCUUAUACAGAUGCCGAUUGGGGAAGGUGUCCUGAUACUAGGCGUUUUACUUCUGGUUACUGUGUGUUUCUAGGUGAUAAUUUGCUUUCUUGGUCAUCAAAAUGUCAACCCACUUUAUCACGAUCUAGUGCUGAAGCCGAAUACCGUGGUGUUGCUAAUGUGGUUUCUGAAUCUUGUUGGCUACGCAAUCUCCUUCUCGAAUUACAUUGUCCUAUUCAUAAGGCCACCUUAGUUUACUGUGACAAUGUAAGUGCAAUAUAUCUCUCCGGUAAUCCAGUUCAACAUCAAUGA